GUUGCCGCGCGGAGCUGGGAGGGGAAGCGGAAGUAGUUUAAUCUCAUGUCCGGGCCUCGCUCGCUGCGUCUUGUCUCUGGGCCCCGCGACAAGAUGGCGGACCUGUCCCUGGACGAGCUCAUCCGGAAGCGCGGUGUGACGGUGAAGGGGAGACUGAACAGCAGGCCAGUAUUUGGAGGCAUUCGAUCUCGAAUUGGGAUCCAGCAAACUCUUCUAAGUAGACCAACGCCAACCAUCAGCUUCCAAAGGACGUUUGAUGCCCGGCAAAAGAUUGGCCUCACAGAUGCCCGACAGAAACUGGGAGUUAAAGAUGCUCGGGAGAAACUGCUUCAGAAAGAUGCUCGGUUCAAAAUCAAAGGGAAAGUGCAGGAUGCCCGGGAAAUGCUGAAUUCCCGCAAGCAGCAGAGUGUGCCUGCUGAGAAGGUGACCAAAGUGAUAGAUGCCAGAGAGAAGAUCAGCUUGAAAAGGAGUGCUCCUACUGCUGCAAUUGUAAGUCCAUCUGUGGGGACAGUGACCCCAGCCAUGAAGAUCACCAAGACAAUUCAGCAGAAGGCUGCAGUCCCAGGACACUCUCAUCCUGCAGGAAUGAGGAUCAAUGUAGUGAACAACCACACACAGAGACAGGGCCUGUAUGACAUGGAAGAUGAUGAUGAAAGCGUAUCUCCCCUUCCUAGCAAACAGAUGAAAAUCACCACCACAAACAGCUUCCUGCACAACGCGGCUGGGCUGAGUGGCAAUAAGUUCUCUCUUUCCAAGACCGUCCCCCUCACCAAAGUGGUCCAGAAUGACACCUAUACAGCCCCCCCAGCACCUCUCUCUCCCAUUCGGACAAAGGCCCUGACAAACAUGUCCCGGACCUUGGUGACCAAGGAGGAACCACCAAAAGAACCAGCACCUGUUGAGCCGGUGUUCAGCCCUUUGGAAGGUACAAAGAUGACUGUGAACAAUCUGCACCCCAGAGUCACAGAGGAAGACAUUGUUGAGCUGUUCUGUGUGUGUGGCGCUCUAAAGCGAGCCCGUCUCGUGCACCCUGGAGUGGCUGAAGUGGUCUUUGUGAAGAAGGAAGAUGCCAUCACAGCAUAUAAGAAAUACAACAACAGAUGCUUAGAUGGGCAGCCAAUGAAGUGCAACCUUCACAUGAACGGGAACGUCAUCACAUCAGAUCAGCCAAUCUUGCUUCGAUUAAGCGACACCCCCUCUGUGAAGAAGGAAGUAGAACCACGGCGGUCGAGUGCAGGUGCCUCUUCAAAUCCGCCUGCUGAGGUGGACCCUGACACCAUUUUGAAGGCGCUCUUCAAAUCCUCGGCGGCCUCUGUCUCUGUGCAGCCCACAGAAUUCAAAAUCAAACUCUGAGAAGAGUGGAGGCGAGCAGUGGACUGGAAAACUUGCUGAAGGCUUGGAAUGGGGAGAAUCACGUGGGAGCGCAGGUGUUACUGUGUUUGCCCACCUUGUGUUUUUUGUUUUCUAUGAUCGCUACCUUCCUGUACAGUAGUGUUCCCUCUCAUGUGUGUAUUUUCUGUUUUCAUAGUUGGAGUUUUCUUCCACAUUUUUCCAAGAGAAUAACCUCCCCCUUCUGCCAGUGAGAUAUAUUACCAAGCAUAGACUCAUGUAACUCCCUCAUUUGCUCCACACCCCCUUGUGGCCAGCUAUUAAAAGUGCACCUAGAGACUUUGAGGGAAGGGGAAUGAUAAACAGCACCUCUUGUCCUCCGGCUAACAACCUCUGACCGAAAGGUGAAGCCCCUCUGUUAUUGUCGCUUGAUACCAGAUUUAAUUUUUAAAGCUGCUGCAUUUGGGGUGGAGCCAGGUGUGAUGCUCAGAAGCAAGCAGCGUUUUGACAGUUUUAUCUCACGUGCACCUGGUAGGAUACAACUUCUGCCUGGCUGUUAGAUGCUUUGCUAAUCAGCAGCUGUGACACUUGGAGGCUCUGAGAAGAAUCCAGCUCCCCUGUUUAUCAGCUGAUGGAAGAGUUUGGGCUGUGGGGAGGAUAUAUGCACAAGUGCAGAUAUACUGCAUCUAAUCUGCUGUCACAGUUAAGCCUCUGCUAUUGUCCUGGUGAAGUUCAGCAUUCAGUAACACACUGAGGGGGAGAAAAUAGCCCAGGCUUCUGUGUAACGUGAAUAUAUCUGCUCCUUAGGGUACCCCAGGGUGAUCUGCCUUUUCCUUCUUCUUUCUGGACUAACUUCAUGUGAGAGCAGGGAUUUUGACCAGAAACACUAGAAAUCGAGUGUUUUCCUUUCAAUUAGGUUGAGUCAUAUCAUGUUCUCCCAACCCCCUGCUGUCCAUGUAGGGACAUGAGCUUUUUUAUUGGGUGGGGUUGGGACUGGGAAGUCCUUCUAGCAUCUCCAGUCCAAUUUUAUGGAGAGGAGUGGGUUGGGAAGUAAGUCAUGUACUAAUAUGCAGGAAUUAAUCCUCUUGUCCACCUGCUCUGAAGGAGUAUCAAUUGUAAAAGGGCUCCACGUGAGCUAUGCUUGGCCGCUAUGCAGAACAGCUGCUCAUGUACAUGGGCUGGAAGGAUCGUGGAUGCACUUCAUGGCCUCAGAGGGUUGGCCGGUGGGAAACCAGUGUAAGGUAUACAGCAGAGAGGAGAGCAUGGAAACCAAGCAAGCCCCAGGUAGAGCCACAAGAAUGUACCUUCCAAGGAGGGACUGUUUGUCUAUGAUGAGCGAUUGGCCACUAGGUGGCACUUGCUGUGCUCCCACUGUUAGCAUAGCAUUAACCCAGUGAAAAUUGGGAAGUCCAGGUAGCUCUAACUCUAUUAGUUUCAAUUGUAUUAUGAGAAAAGAGGGAAGUGAAAACCACCCCAAAAUCUGGCUGAAGUUUGAACUUGAUACUUCCAGCUAUGAAACUAACCAAUUCUGGUCAGCACUGCUGAUAUUCUUUAGUGAACUCCGUCCAGUACCAUUGUAGAUUCAGACUCCAUUUCUUGGUGGACCCUAUGUUUCUUUUGCACUCUUGUGCAAACUCUUUGUUCUGUCCGGCGGCAUUCCUCUCUCAUGCCAUUUCACUCGUAGUCAUGGAAAGAACUGAGGACUCAACAGAACUUGCUUUUCUGAGUACUCAUUGAAUCUGGAAAAUAACUGCAGUUGUCGGGGAUGCUUCUUAUGAACUGCAAGUGUAUGGGGGAAGGGCUUGAGACACCAAUUGUUCCUCUUUUAGAUCACCCAUCAGACAUCUGUGUUUUAAUAAAAGGGGGUGGGAGAAGGGAGUGUUAGGGUUUGGAGAAGACUAUGUAUUAUCUGUUUCAGAAUAAAUGUUUGUUAUACAGAGA